CGCAUGCGCCGUCAUUCGGACCUUGCGUCGCGUCUCCAGCGUUUCGCGUCAAACUAAAAACUUCUGAAAACGCGCCUCGAGACCCUUGCGUCCAGUUCCCCGGUAUGCACCAGCAGCUGACUGGAUUAUGACUCAGCCCAUGUUCACAGUGACUAUUCGCGUUCAAGAAGGACUUUCCUGAACUGCAGGUAGCCUAGAGCUAGAUUUUCCUCCAAGGAGGAAAAAUCAUGUGAAGUUUACAGAAGAAUUUGGAUUGUUUGGGGGGAAGCUUUUUGAGGAAAACCUCUUCAAGAGAAAGAAGUUGGUUUAAACCCAGUUCGGCUGAGGGAGAAUUAUGGACCGUGCUUCGUAAAGGCAUUACUGUCUCCGUACAGGUGUGUCGACGAAUGUAGGGCUAUUUUGUCCUGUAGCGGAGAUGGGGGGCUGUUGGAGAUGGUGCUACACGACGUGCAUCUGCUGCUUGUCUGAAGAUGAGAAGAACGCCGUCGCCAUACACAAUGAAAUCAAAAGAAUCCUCGCUGACCAGAAGAAACGAGAACGCAGAGAAAUCAAAGUGCUUUUAUUAGGCACCGGAGAAAGCGGGAAGACGACUUUUAUCAAGCAGAUGAGGAUUAUUCACGGCAAGGGCUUUUCCGAAGAAGACAGGCGUGGCUACACUAAACUGGUUUUCCAGAACAUCUUCACAGCAAUGAAGGCUCUGACAGCGGCCAUGAACACCUUAAAGAUUCCCUAUGGUAACCCACAAAACGAGAUAUAUGGGAAGCAGUUUCAGGAAGUGGAAAUCCGUCAGAUGACACAUUUAGACAGAAUGUAUGUGGACGCGAUCCGCCGACUUUGGGCUGACGAUGGUAUCAAGGGCUGUUACAGUCGUCGUAGAGAGUACCAGCUUCUGGACUCUACAGAAUACUAUAUGACACAUUUGGACCGUAUUGCGGCCCCAGAAUUCAUCCCCACAGCCCAGGAUGUGCUCCGAGUCCGAUUCCCCACCACAGGCAUCAACGAUUACUCCUUCAACCUGGAGAAGAUCACCCUCAGGAUUGUGGAUGUGGGUGGUCAGAAGUCAGAGAGGCGGAAAUGGAUCCAUUGCUUUGAGAACGUGACGUCGCUCAUAUUUUUAGCCUCCCUCAGCGAGUACGACCAGGUGCUGGAGGAGAACAACAGGGAGAACCGCAUGAAAGAGAGCCUGUCACUCUUCUACACCACCAUCCACUCGCCAUGGUUCGCAAGUUCCUCCAUCAUCCUCUUCCUAAACAAGAUGGACAUCCUGGAGGAAAAGAUCAAGACUUCAGACCUAAAAACUUACUUCGCAGGGUUUGACGGCAAACGGCAGGAUGCGAAUGACGCCAUGACGUUCAUCCACAAUAUGUAUAAACAGAGAGCUGUGAGAGCUGAGACAAAGGAGUGCAAAAUCAUCUACCCUCACUUCACCUGUGCCACAGACACCAAUAACAUCCGGAAGGUUUUCAAUGACGUUAAAGACACUGUCCUUAUCAAGUCACUGCAGGAAUACGGAGUGCUCUGAGCAGCCCAUUUCUUUCAGGACACGGCCUGCUUCUGCCAACCUAAUAAACUGAGCUUGGUGCGACGCACACCUCUACACAGCCUUUCGUUUCUCUGUCUAUUGCUCCAUCUAUUCCUAUUUUCCUACUGUUUUGGUGGAUAAAAACAUCAGAUGACACAUUCUCCAAAUUAAAUCAUUUGAACAUUGCCAGACGUCUACUUAAAGCGGCAUCACUCUGAAGGAAUGAGGAAGCGGUCAUAUCGCACCUCAGACUUUGACAGGAAUGCCACACAACAGGCAGAUUUUCAGCGUGUUUUGGUUUCGAGGGGGUGGCAGGAAUUUUACUCCAUAGCUGCUGGCAAGAAUGACCUGAGAAAUACAAAGCAACGUUUGGCUGAUCUGUACUGGGGCACAUGCUCAGUUUCUUGGCCAAAAAUGUGACUUUACUGAUUGAAAUCGGACCAAAAAGUUAAAUGGAAGACUGUUUAUGCCACAGAAUAAAGAUAUAAAUAAAUAAAGAUAACCUGUUAUCGCACAAUUCAAUAUUUUUUCUCACAAUUCAGAUCUGAUUUUGAUCGUGAGAUAUAAACUCGCAUUUACAGAUAA